AAGUUUCUGAAAGGCGGGGAAGGGAAAUUUCGCUUGCCCGCCCCACCUUAGUGGCAUGGUAGCCUGAGUCAGCAAGAUCUAGAAUUGAGUGAGGGCGGGCGCGCCACGAAAGAGAAGUUUCUUUCCUCUCUCUGGCGAAGACUCUGGUAGGCAAACGCCACUGCAAUGGGAUGGCGGCUGCGGUGGGAUCUGCCACUCCAGCGCCCUCGCGAGCAGUAAGCGAGCUCUGCCAGAAUACUAGAGAAACGUUUUUGGAGGCCUCGGGCUUGUUGCUUACCUAUGCGGAUAAUAUCAUCAGACAUCCAAAUGAAGAAAAAUAUCGAUCUAUUCGGAUUGGAAAUCAAGCAUUUUCCACUAGAUUAUUGCCUGUCAGAGGAGCGGUCGAAUGUCUGUUUGAAAUGGGGUUUGAAGAGGGGGAAACUCAUCUUACUUUUCCUAAGGAGGCAUCAAUUGAGCAGCUGUGCAGAAUUCGAAAUCUGAUUGCUGGGGAAAGAAAUAGCCGAUUACAUGAAUCAGAUCAAAUCAAAUCAGGAUCCUCUGGGAAGAUAACAAAUGCAGAGCCUACUGCACUUCAGUCAACACAUACUGUUAACACCAGCUUAGACCCAACUACUCAGUCUGCUGUCAUGACAACUGAAUCAAUUUUCUUGAAGACACUUCAGUCAAAUUUUCUGCAUGUAAUGGCGUACGAAAACCCAGUUUUACAAAAGAAAGCGCUGGCUUAUAUUCCACUCCAAAAGCUGAAAAAGGAAGCUCAGGAAAAGCUAACACAAGCCCGAAAAAUGGACAGAGAUACUAUUCUGAGAGAAGAGGAUAUUCUACUGCUGGAGCUCCUCAACUGGUUUAAAUGUAGUUUUUUCGAGUGGGUAAAUAACCUUCGAUGUAGUAAAUGUGGGGGCCAGACAGAAACUAAAAAUAAUUUGUCACCUAAUGACGAUGAUCUGAGAUGGGAUGCAAGCAGAGUUGAAAAUCAUUUCUGUAACCAGUGCCAGUUCAGCAAUAGGUUUCCAAGAUACAACAAUCCUGAGAAGCUCCUGGAAACUAGACGAGGGCGUUGUGGUGAAUGGGCCAAUUGCUUUACACUUUGUUGUAGAGCGGUAGGAUUUGAAGCAAGAUACAUUUGGGAUGCAACAGAUCAUGUGUGGACUGAAGUUUAUUCUGUAUCACAGCAAAGGUGGCUUCAUUGCGACCCUUGUGAAAAUGUUUGUGAUAAACCCCUUUUGUAUGAGAUUGGAUGGGGGAAAAAACUGUCAUAUAUUAUUGCCUUUUCUAAAGAGGAGGUUGUUGAUGUCACCUGGCGUUACUCUUGUAAACAUGAAGAAUUGCUUCCUAGAAGGACACAGGUCAAAGAAACUGUGCUACGAGAAACAAUCAAUAAUCUUAACAAAAUUAGACAGCAAAUAUUAAGUGACGCAAGGAAAAACGAGCUCUUAGAGAGACUCAUUGUGGAGCUUGUUGAGUUCAUUUCUCCUAAAACACCAAAGCCAGAAGAACUUGGUGGGCGAGUGUCUGGAUCAUUGGCUUGGAGAGUUGCCAGAGGUGAAAUUGCUUUAAAGAAUAAAGAAGCGGUCUUUAUUCCAACUGAAAAAGAGAAGGCCUCCAAGCUUUUUCACCUCAGCUAUAAUAUAGUGGAAGACUGUUACACACGAAUAUCCAAUAACAAUGAAAAAAUCAGUGGUUGGGAGAAAGGUGUUUGGAAAAUGGACUCUUUAUGGAGAAAGAUUGAAUCAGAUUGGAAAAUGGUUUAUUUAGCUCGAAAGGAAGGCUUCUCAUCUGGCUAUAUCUGUUGGAAGUUUGAGUGUGGCUCAGUUGGUCUAAAAAUAGAAAACAUUUCAGUCAGAACAACCAACCAGACAUUUGAGAGUGGAAGAGUAAAGUGGACACUGCACUCUGGAAACAUUGUAGUUGAUGUUAAUGGAGAUAAAAGGCUUCAUUCUUAUCCUGAUAUUUCCAACGCAACAAACGUUACCUUGGAAGCUGAACUAAGUGGAGGAGAUGGCAAUAUUGCAUGGCAACAUGCACAGCUAUUUAGACAAAGUUUAAAAGAGGAUGAAGAUUGUUUUGAGAUAAUUAUCAAAUUCAGUGACCUCUGAAUAUUAUACAAAUAUUCAGAGAAGAUGCCAGGACAAAAUACUUUUAAAAGGUAAACAAAUGGUGUAAAAAACCCUUCAAGAUACUGUGCUUUCUGUAUGACUGGUGAGAAGAAACAGACUUUGCUAAUAUGAAUUACAGUGAAAUUCUAAAUUAUUCUGUUUCCUUGAAAAUAUGUAACAAACAUAUCAAAGGGAAAAAGGAUGUAGAAUUUUUCAUUCAAAAAGCAAUUCUAUGAAUACCUAUAGAGAGAAAACUCAAUUGAGGAAAAUGCUAAGUAAUCAUGCAUAGCAUCUGCUGCAUAUUCUUUCAAGUUUGAAAAUAUAAGUUAAAAUAUUUAAUCUGUAAAAAAAGUUUUUAAAAAAUGGAAUGAAAAUUUUAGUGUCUUAAUUCUGGAUUCUGGAAUGUCAUUUUUUAAAAACACUUUUGUGUGAUGGUUAAUAUUUCUGUUUACUUGUAAUUUUAUAGUAGACAAUUUAUUGCAUUGACAAUA